AAUCCCCACAAAGUUGUUCGUGUGUAAUGUAUGUUGUUUUUAUUUCAAUUAUGACUUGCCCGACAUCAUAUUGGUAAUACGUUUCAGUUGUUCUUAAUGGUGAACCAAACACCGUUCAUGCAGAGGCUGCUUCUGAGGAAUGGUAGCGAAAUGGUUCUUCUAGACGCAACCAACAAAACAUGUAGGUUUUCCCUGCCUCUUUUUUCCCUCGCGAUGAAAACAAAUGUUGAUCACCAGGUUGUUGCUGCCUUUAUUAUCGAACACAAAAGCACUGCAAUGAUUCAAUGGCCAUAGCAAUCAUCAAACAAGCUCAUCCUGAAUGGCAUCCAGUCAACUACAUGAUUGAUAAUGAUGAAAAAUAGAUUGACACAAUAGAAUUUCAUUUCCCAGAUUCAAGAGGCCUAAUUUGUGAUUUUCACCGGUAUAAGCAUGGAUGAGAUGGUUCAAGCAAACAAAAAAGGCCAUACAAAACAAAUCCAAAGUGCUUAAGUUUAUGCAAGGUCUUGCAGAUGCUGAAACAGAAGACAAGUUUGACACUAGACUUCAGAAUCUUUGCCGCUCUAAUUUGUUGGCAUCAAUUGGAUCUUACUUGGAGACUCAUUGGUUACCAAUAAAAGAGAUUAGCAUGGCCACAUUGCUGGGGCAUGUCAUGUCCAUAGUCCUGGAUCAGAGCAGUAAAGCAGACGAUCUCAUUCACUGUUACCGAGGCGACGACUUCAUGGCAGACGAAGUGACACCACGUGAACACACCCCGUCAUCUCCCGAGACUUUUGCGGCGGUAUACGACGUAUUCAUGGAUACGGUCUCGUCUUCUGGCAAUAACGAUGGCGCGGAGAUCACAUGCGGUUCCGGGACCCAAGCGGAAAUCGAGUUCUCCCCAGAUACAAUUCAGAUUGACCAGCCUAAAACGCAAGUUGCCAAGGACUCGGUGUUACCCAAGAAAACUAACUCGUUCUCUAUAGAUUCAAUACUAGGAAACCGGACUAUCGUUGCUCCGACUGUGGACAAUUCGUCUCCUUCAUGGUAAGCAAGUUCUAGUGUUAAUUAUCAGAUGCAAACGCCCGACUGGACUAUACGUCAAAUAUAUAAACCCAAUGGAAAUUAUCAUGAACCGGAACCGGACAGUUUGUACUGGUGCCACGCGUGUGAUGAGUUGUGUGAAAACGAGAGCGAGACAGCCAGGCACCAGAGGGAACACGCCGACAACAGGAUCCCUGCUUGCUAAAGGAACCUCUAUUCUACAAACACGGAUACACCAGUGUCCACAAGAAAAUAUCGUAUUCAAAACAACUGAAUUGUGGAUUGUGUGACAAGAUCGUGACCAGUAACUUCUUGUGCCGCCACAUGCGCGCGCAUCACUGUCACAAGUGCGAUGUGUGUGCAGUGUUUGAGAAGUUACGCAAAUAUAAAGAAAAAUGUGCGCGCGCAUUCAGGGUCUAUGUCUGUGUCGUGUGAGAAAUGUAAGUCGAACGCAGUAAGCAGACGAGUUUUGAGCGUCCACAAUUUACAUGUUCAUCGCCAUACCUUGUGAAAAUAUUGUGGACUCAAGUUCAUCAAUAAGUACGCAUGCGCACAACACGAACGCUCACACAACGGAAGAAAGCCGUACGCAUGUCAAGUUCCUGGAUGUAGAAAGACGUUUGCGCAGGGCAUACAGCUUCAGCUUCAUGCCAAAGUUUAUUUGUGAUUUAUUGAUCAAUAAAUAUAUUUUGUUGAGACACAGUAAUAUUGAGUGUCUGUCUGUGUCUUUCGCGAUUGUAUUUACUAUUUAGUACUAUUUUUGUAGUGCUUUUCGUUGUAUUAUUGUUUAGCUUUAAACAAGUUUUAUGAAUAUUGAUUUGUGUAAGAAGAUAC